AUGAGCAAAUUACUUGUGGUGCUCAUUUGCACGGCGAACGCGGCGAUUUCCAAUUACUACGGAAUUGGCGGCGGCGUUGAGCCGACAUAUUCCUACGGAUACGGUAGCAAAACUGAAGGGAAUUACUGUAGUUAUACGCAAGAAUGCGUUAGCGGCUUAGUGUGCACACCGUCGGUGAACGGCUACAAGAUCUGCUAUAGACAGCAGAACUCGAAUUAUCCGGGAAUCGGGAAUGGUGUGCAGCCGAAUUUUGACAAUAAUAAUAAUAAUCAGGGGCGUGAAGGUAGUUACUGUAACACGAAUCAAGAUUGUGCGUAUGGUUUGAGUUGUGUGCCGUCUGCUAAUGGCUACAGAAUCUGCUAUCGUCAGCAGAAUUCGUAUUAUCCGGGCAUCGGCGGUGGGGUCGAGCCAAAUAAUAACUAUAAUGGAGGCGGCGGCUCAAAAGCCGAGGGAAGUUAUUGCAGCACAACCCAAGAAUGCGCUUAUGGACUUCAGUGCACGCCAGCAGUGAAUGGCGUCAAAAUCUGCCUGUCUCAGCAGAACAUCUAUGAUCCGAACGGCGGAAACACUGGAUAUUGUGGAUCAGGAUGUCCGGCGGGAACCGUUUGUGAGAAUAUUGGCGGCGUCGGGCGGUGCCAAAUUCAGGCCGGCGGAAAUGUCGGAGCCUCGAAUCAGGAAAAACGAAAAAUGAAGAAGAAGGGUCUGAAUGGCGCGUGCGAAAUGGACGCUGAUUGUCAGGAUCAUUUGUUCUGCACUUUGUACUUUGGAGAGAUGAUGUGCAGGUUGCCGGUCAAAUCGAUAAUUCCUUUGCGUUGCGAGACCGAAUCCGACUGUCCCAACUCAAACUAUCUAUGCGUGUUCAGCACUGCAAUGCAAGACCGAGUCUGCUAUCGAUAUGGUGAUGUCGUGACUGAUGGCUACGUGAUCCCGGUGAAACACACAUCGACGACACCAGAACCGACGACGACAACGUCCGACGACGACGACGGAAUGUUCGCGGAGUCGAUUGCGAGAUUCCAGGAAGAGCAGAAAGAGAUUGAGGAUAUUCAUAUCGUUAGUAAGGCGAGAUCGAUGAAACAAAACGGUGUGAAAACUGAGAUAGAGAAACGAGAAAGUACGCCGAGUCCGCCGACCUAUAUGAAGAUGGAGGAUCAGGUGCCGGACGAAGUGAGCAUCAACUCGACCACCACUGUGUCUGAUGAGCCAAUCGAUCCAGCAGCGACGAUAUGCGAAUUCGAUUAUCACUGUAGAAUGGGUGAAAGCUGCUCAGGAGUUGUGAGAUUCGUCGACAAGGUCGUUCAUGUAUGCCGCUAUGAUAUUCUGAAGAAGCAUCGCCAAUGCAUUUAUCAUUCUGAUUGUCUUUCGGGCCAAAGAUGCAUUCCGAAUCCGACGAAAGCCGACCAGGCGACAUGCGAAGUUGACGUUGAAGCGACACUGGGGAAUGUCGCGUGUAUCUACGACUAUCAAUGCUCGGGAGGUGAAAAAUGCACAAAAGUUGACGAGAAAUUCAUUUGCCGUCCCCCAUCGACAUCCGAUCCAAGGACGAAUCAAUUGUGCACCACAAAUGCGCAAUGUCCGUUCCAACAGGUUUGUCGUCGUUCUAGUGGCAUCUCGAUGUGCAUCGACGUCGCCAUGUCGAAGCAGCCGCACCUUCUCCAAGAGCGCGUCAUCCAAUUCAUGCGAAAUGUCCUAUUCCGCGCACUUUGA